GAGUUCAAAAUCAGUCACACCAUAGCUGUACGAUGCAUAUAUAAACAAGAGUUCACAUCGACGAUAAAACAUUGUAGGGAUCUGAGUGUCUACUAGGAAAUAAACGUAAAGUUUAACUUGGAGUUAUAUAUCUCAUCAUCGCCAGCCAACUUUUGUCCAACUGUAACUAUAGUAAGGACUUUCUUCUACAUUUAACUGCAACAAUGUUCCACCUGCUCCUACUGUCGGCGAUCCUAGGAGGCAUUGAGGCAGCACCAGUGGCGCCUUCCCCCUGCACCCUCAGCAACGUGUUCUCAUAUACACAAACCGGAACUGUAACCUUCAUGGCAAGCGGAUCUUUCAAUAUUGUAGACCAGAAGCAACUGAUUGAUUAUGACUACACCAGGAAACUACAAAGGGUUAUCGUGGAAGCAGAGACAAAAGAUGAUUUGCGCAUCAUCUACAUGGACUUCGCUAAUAAAAUGGAGUACACUCAACAAGGGAUAAAUGGAACAUGUCGAGGGGUGGCGAAUAAUGCAACCAUGCAACCGCCCACUAUUCUGGGGACCGCCACAGUGGGGCCAAAAAUGGUAGUGGGUAAGGAUCAGAAAUCCCUCGUUAUUCAAUAUUACACGUACAUGUGGGAAGGCAUGCGGUAUUCAGUCGGAGUGAAUGACGACUGCAUACUGGUCACUGUAGAACUCAGGCAGAUUGUCCCCGGUGGAGGAUUCGCCAACCUUAUUGACUUUGUUAUCUCUGAUUGGAAGAAUGAACUUAGGACACCAACAGCCGUUGAUAUUCCCGCCAAAUGCAAGAGUCAGUAAGGGACUAAAUUGUAACAGGAGGCCAAAACGUUUGCGGGGAUAAAACCAACAACUGCUUAUGAUAUAUUGAACUUGAAAAUGACAAGUGUCCUUUUUCACUGCUAAUUAAUCAGGUUAUGUUGAAUAAAUCAUGUGGUUAAUGUUGCAUGACAAUUAAUAAAAGACACAUAUUUGAA